AGAUACCCUGCGUCAAUCGUAAAAUCCUUCGGCUCCUUCAUUGUGCCGGCGAAAACCUCCUACUAUCAAAGAAGAAAGACUGCAGAUGGCUCAACGAGGUGUAUGGCAACUGCGAAAGCUUAUUGUGAGCUACUGUGAUUGGGGAGGGAGUAGUAGGGGUAUCAGGGCUUUUAUGGAGUCGAAUAUGCCUGCAUUUAAAGAGCAAAAUCCUCAGUUGGAACUGGUAACUGAACUCAUCCGUGGUCAGCAUCCACAUUUGAAGGGCUAUUACAAAAACAAAAAUGAGCGGGUGGUAUGUGUCAAGAAUAUGACUCCAGAAGAUGUACUUCUUCAUGCAACCAGGCUAAGGAAUGCAUUGGGGAGAAAGGUGGUGAAACUGAAGACAAGACAUGUAACCAAACAUCCUAGUGUUCAGGGUACAUGGACAACUGCUGUGAAAUUUUGAAUUGCAGGAGGUGCUUCCCUGGUUUGUUUAUCAGUUCAUUUAAUUAGCCGUGAUCUGGUAUUACUGUUUUGGUGUGAAGAAGGCUUUGAAAUGCCCUGAAACUUAGGAUUAUUUGUGUAAAACUUUCGGAGUACAAGAAUCUAGUCCUGUUCCAAAUUUUAUUACGACUUUCCUUGUUUUCUGGGUUGAUAUGGACUAUUACUGGAGCAUCUUUCUUUAUCGUAAAGAUGAGAAAGAAAGCUAUUUCUACAUCAGCAGCUUUUUUGUAUGGAAACAUUGUGUUCCUUGACAUCAAGUCAGAGUACGACGAUUGACGAUGUACUCUGUCAAGACACCUUAUGAUAUGAGCAUAUACCUCCCAUUGCAAA